AUGACUGCUAUCACUGAUUCCCUCUGUGAGCCAGCUCCUGUCAGUGGCCUUAAGAAACCCCCAGUGAUCACCACCCAGCCUGAGUCCAUCACUGUGUUCGGUGCUGAAGACAUCCUCCUGACCUGCGAAGCAUCAGGGAACCCUCCUCCCGAUUUCCGCUGGACUAAAGAUGGGGAAGAAUUUAUCCCUGCCAAUGACCCGGGCUUGUCGGUGUCUCCGGGUUCUGGAACCUUCAUGAAAACCGAGGUGGUGUCAGGCCCCAUGAGCCAAUACAAGGGCAAAUACAGCUGCUACGCUGAUAACGCAUUAGGAACUGCUGUGUCUAAUGAGGUCCAGCUCAGCACUGAGAGAAUGCAUCACAUUGAGCUAAAUGAUCGUGUAACCCAGGGUCGGGACGGGAACCUCUACUUCUCUCACGUCACCGUCGAUGACACCCGUAUUGACUACACCUGUAACGUCCAGUACCUCAGCGCUCGCACCAUCCUCUCUAAGGAACCCAUCACCCUGACUGUUACAACCUGUAAGUACACCGUCACUCACCAUGGAAGCGACGGGGGAGAAUACCAGUGUUCAGCCAACAACUCACAGGGCAAGGUCACACACACCUACACCGUUAGCGUCGAAGCGGCUCCGUACUGGACCAAGGAGCCAGUAAGCCAGCUCUAUGCCCCAGGAGAGACGGUGAAACUGGACUGUCAGGCUGAUGGCAUCCCGUCUCCUGCUGUCGCCUGGAGCAUCAAUGGAAAACCCAUCACAGACAUAGACUCAACCCCCAGGCGUACUGUGAGAGAUGAAACUCUGAUUCUGAGAGAUGUGGUUUUCACUGAUACAGCAGUCUACCAGUGUCAGGCCCACAACAAACAUGGAACCAUCCUAGUCAAUACCUACAUCUUCGUCAUCGAACUGCCUCCUCAGAUCCUGAAUGCCGACGGACAGAAGUACAACUUCACAGAGGGACAGAAGGCUGUACUGCAGUGUCAGACCUUCGGCUCUCCCAGACCUAAAGUAACAUGGGAGAGGACUGGCAGCGCUUCUCUACUAGCUGAGCCCAGGGUUAACCUGCUGACCAAUGGAAACCUCCAGAUCACCAACGUCUCCCACGGCGAUGAGGGCCUGUACACCUGCUCAGUUAGCAACACCAACCUGUCAAUCAACGCUGACCUGGAUGUGCUUAUGAACAGGACAGUGGUCCUGUCUCCUCCUGGGUCUCUGCUGUUCAGCCUGGUAGACGGCCAUCUUUACCUGCCUGGCACAGACCGUCCGGACCCCCCCACCCAGCUCCAGGUCUCUGACCCUAAGGACCGCAAUGUCACCCUGAGUUGGACCGCAGGAGAUAACCACAACAGCCCUGUCAUAGAGUUUGUGGUGGAGUUUAAAGAUGGUGACUCUAAGGAGCGGGGUUGGGAGGAGCUGAAGAGAGUCAGUGGAACUAAUGAGAGCGUGACCAUUUCUCUGCAACCAUACGAGUCCUACCGCUUCCGAGUCAUCUCCAUCAACAGCAUUGGGAAGAGUGACCCCAGCAUGCCCUCUGACCUUCACAGCACCCCACCUCAAGCUCCAGACAAUAACCCAGAGAAUGUGAGGAGUGAGUCUACAGACCCAGACACCCUGGUCAUCACAUGGGAGGAGAUGGACAGGCGUGUGUUUAACGGCCCAGAGUUCCACUACAAGGUGUUCUGGAAAAGGGUGGUUGGUGACACAACCUGGUACUCUAAUGUCUCCACUGAGCCACCGUUCAUCGUCACUGAAGUGGGCAACUUCUCCGCCUUUCAAAUCAAAGUUCAGGCUGCCAAUCAGAAAGGAGAGGGACCUGAGCUAGACCCUGUGACUGGUUACUCUGGAGAGGACAUCCCCCUGGAGGCUCCUAAGAAUGUGGGUAUGGUGCUGCUCAACAGUUCAGCCAUCAGGGUAACAUGGGAACCAGUGAACGAAAAGACUGUCAGAGGACACCUGCUGGGAUAUAAGAUCCACCUGACGAGGUUUGGCUCCAGGGGCCGUGGUAGCCGUAGGGCUAGAGAGCCAGAGACCAGUGUUGAGGUGGAGACAGGGCCCAAAGAGGAGAAGAGGGUCCUGGGGGGACUCAGACCCUACUCUCACUACACCCUCACCGUCACUGUGUUCAACAGCAAGGGAGAGGGGCCCCCCUCCAAGACCCUGUCCUUUGAAACUGACGAGGGAGCUCCUGGCCCCCCCAUGUCCUUACUCCUGGACAGUCAUGCAGGCACAGAGAUGACCCUACACUGGACACCUCCUGCCCAUCCCAACGGGGUUCUCAAAGGAUACCUGCUGCAGUACCAGAUCGUAAAGAGUGGCGACAGCCCGAUGCAGGUGGAGACGAUAGACGAUCACAAGGUCACUCACCUGACCCUGAAGCAGCUGGACCCUCACAGCCGCUACCGCUUCUACCUGAGGGGGCGCACCUCGGCCGGGGACGGAGAGCCUAUCACCAGGGAGGGCGCCACCACACUGGACGGAGCUCCUCCGUCCAACAUCAGCGUGUCUGUAGGAGAGAAGUCUGUUAACCUGAGCUGGGUGCCAGGCCAGAGACACAGGAGUGUUGGCUUCCAGGUCCAGUACCUCAACAAGCAAGACGGUGGGAAGUGGAAGCAGUCUGAGAAGCUAAACUCGUCUGCAUCAUUCUACCAGCUGAAAGGCCUGACCCCGGGGUCACAGUACCGCCUCAGAUUCAUCUUCAGCAACAACACCUUCUGGGAGACUGAGAUCACCACAAAGGGAGCAGGGGUGAUGGAUGUGCAGACAGGCUUUGCUACUCAGGGCUGGUUUAUUGGGCUCGUGACCGCCAUCGUGCUGUUGCUGCUGGUACUGCUUAUCCUCUGCUUUAUCAAGAGGGGCAAAGGGGGAAAGUAUUCAGUCAAAGAUAAGGAGGAGGGUCAGGUAGACUCUGAGGCGCGCCCUAUGAAGGAUGAAACAUUCGGAGAGUACAGAUCUCUUGAGAGUGACAACGAGGAGAAGAGGACAGCCAGCCAGGCGUCUCUGUGUGAUGAGAGCAAGCUGUGUACCAGUGACGACAACCUGGAUGGCUAUAACAACGGUAGCAUUGCUGUCACCGAGGUGACCAUGGAAGACUCCCUGGUCAGCCAGUACAGCCGACCCAGCAAAGCCACCCCGGACCCGGGCACACUGCAGGACAGCUCCCCCCUCAAUCCCAACACCACCGCCAUUUUAGAUUAGGCUAGUUAGUUAGAGGUGGCCGUUUUAGAUGGUCCCGUUGCCUUAGUAACUGUUUAUCUGUCAGACCAAAACAUCUCUGUCAACUACAGUACAACAUGUCAACAAUAUAAACAUGCCCACUGACCACACACUCCUAGCUAUCUGUAAUACAUCUAUCUAGCUAUCUACUUGACUUUUCCAUUGAUAAGCUCACUGACUAUAUGAUCAAUAUACUACUGACCAUUCAGAAGCAUCUGCUAUUCUACAAUGUUAUCUAUCUAGCCAUAUACAGUAUUAUAGAUAUGUACAACAUGUUCACUAUGAGUUCCAGUGCCUACUGGCCCUCAACACAGAGCACCAGAUUACAUCUCCACUCUAGUCCUCUCUCCUCCUCUGCUCUGCUCCUCUCCACUCCUCUCUUAUCUACUCUACUCUACUCUCCUCCUA